AUGUUAUAUUUAGCGGCCAACGCGCCGGAAGCACUCGUUACCCGCAGUUACUACGGCGCCCCACGCGCGAGGGGCGGCCCCCACCCUAACCUACUGGGCAGUGACCUUGAUCCCGUCUUCGUGCCCCCGGGGAAGAGACCCUGCCCCCGGACCCUCCGCCUCCACCCCGCAGACAAUGACUAUGGCCCGGCCUCCUACCUUCUACUCUUAAGGAAGAGACCUCCCCGGCCCCCCACCUUCACCCCGACCUCCGUGGGCAGUGACCUCGGCCCCCCGUCACUCCCCGACGAAGGGAGCCCCCAAUCUAUGCCCCUGGGGAACGGGAGAGUUGGGGCGCAAGCUGGCCUUCCCGCCCAGGGCCGGAAAAAGAUGUCCGGCAAGCUGCUGAAAAAGGGGAAACUGAGAGCCGUUAACACUGUCCACUGGCUCCCUGUCCCUGGGUGGCGAGAAGAUUAG